AGGCACCUUUAUAACUCCCCAGACCGUUUCUGACCAAUAGAAAUCCAAUCGCGCGACAUUCGAUUCUCCACGUUCAAUCCGUCAAGGAAAAUUCAACCAGGAAGCAGAAGCGAAUGCGGAUUUCGUCGUCCAAUAGUUCACAGUUGUGGGGUUUUACUCGAAUGCGAGGCGAGGGAUUAGCGGACAAAGUGCAGGGGAGAAUGACGUGAGUGUGUGAGUGUGAUUGUGAUUGUGAUUGGGAGAAUGUUGUGUGAGGAGUGAAGAUGACAGCUAGUGUGGUUGGAUGGAAGGGACAAGCUUUGUUGUUGUCGUUGAAGAAGCGACUGGUUAUGGAGAUGCGAGCCGCCGCCGGUGUUGGUGCGAGAAUUAGAAAGGGAACCUUGUCUGAACUGUUUCUUUUCCUGCUUUUCAUUCUAACGCUAUUCGUCCUUUGAUUAAUAUCAGGAUUUAGGGUGCGGAAUGGUAGUGGUGUUACAUUGAUGGUUUUCUUUUUGUGCUUUUGUUUGGGUUUCUUCUUUCAUGUAGAGUAGGUUUCCCCCAUUGCCGAUUUUUCUGGGAUUUGUGGGGAAAUUUACUGUGGUGGAAAACGUGUGUACGCACACAUGAUCUCCUGCAGGAAGAUUAGAAUUUAGGAAAUCCACUUUCUUUUUUAAUUGUGGAUUUCAAUAGUUGGAUUGCAUUUUGUUGAAUUUAGGAAACGAUCAAUAGGCUAAUAGCUCGUUUCUUUUUUUCUCUUAAGAAAGGUUGGAUACAAACUUCAUGUCCUGUGGCUUAGAUAUGAGUCAUAUGACUGAUAACAAUUUGAGCAUCUGCUCCUAUUGUGGGUUGAAUUUUACGAAUUCUUGUAAUAAAUACCGCUGUUGGAGCUGUGGAAGGCUGCUGUGUAGUAAAUGUGUUCUGGACAGUGCUGCUUUGGAGGCAGCCAUCCUUGGUGAGAUUAUGGUUGGCAUCGGAUCAUGUAAGUUUUGUUUCAGACUUGAUCAUGGAACCAAAAGUGGCCAGAAGUUCUGUGACAAAGUAUAUCCUUCUGAAUCACUCAGAAGACUGGAACAACUGUUACCGAGUUUUAGUGGUGAGAGAGUAGAUGAUUAUUCGCCUGGUGCAUUGAGUAGAAGCAGUGAUGAGUCAUGUUCAGACCAUCCAUCUCCGGUACCUGUAUCUGCCUCACCAAGAAGGUACAAUGACAGUGAAGAAGAAGAUGCCAUAGCUGCUAACUUCUUCAGCACAUCAAGUGAAUACACUCAUAAUACUUCUGAUGGUGAUUUUGCUUCUGACAUAGCCAGGGAUGGAUUUUGUGGUUAUACGGCCACCGGUUUGAGCACGUCAGAUACCCCCUCUAAUAUCCAUUUUACUUCCAGUAGCAUUGGGCAAUAUGUACAGCAAGAGGAUUUGGAAAGCCGAAGGACUCAAAUCUAUGGUCCCUUCAGCCAACAAACAUUGGACUUUGAAACCAAUAGUCUCAUUUGGUUACCUCCUCCACCCCAUGACCUCUCUUUAGAAACCAAUUUAUUUACAUACGAUGACGAGAAUGAUGAAGUAGGCGGCUCUUGUGCAAUUUUUUCCUCCAGUGAUGAUCUCAGUAGUAUAUUGUUGGAGAAGGAGAAACAGCAUGUUGAUCUCAAGGAAUCCCUAAGAACUGUUGUGUCGGGGCAUUUUAAAGUUCUUGUAUUGGAGCUUCUGCAAGCACAGGGUAUCCCUAGCGAAGAGAACUGCUAUGAGGACUGGCUGAACAUAGUAACAUCAAUAGCAUGGCAAGCUGCCAGCUUCAUAAAACCAGAUACUAAUAAAGGCGGUAGCAUGGAUCCAUGUGAAUAUGUAAAGGUUAAAUGUGUUGCCUUAGGACAGUGUAGUGAGAGCAAACUUGUUAAAGGGGUUGUUUGUACGAAGAAUAUAAAGCAUAAGCGUAUGAUUUCUAAAUAUAAGAAUACAAGAUUACUUCUCUUAGGAGGAGCGCUUGAGUACCAACAGGAUCCUAAUCAGCUGGCAUCUUUCGGGACAUUGCUGCAACAGGAACAUGAGAAUCUCAAGAUAGCUGUUGCAAAAAUAGAAGCUCAUCGUCCCAAUGUCCUUCUUGUGGAAAAGACUGUAUCUUUGUUUGCUCAAAACCUACUCUUGGCAAAAGAAAUCUCUUUGGUCCUGAAUGUCAAAAGAUCACUAUUGGAGCGUCUUGCAAGAUGCAGUGGUGCUACCAUAACCCAGUUGGCUGAUCAUUUAUCUGCGGCAAGAAUAGGACACUGUGAACACUUCCAUUUGGAGAAAAUUUUAGAAGAACAUGAACCUGCCAAUCAAUCAAACAAAAGACCUUUGAAAACCUUAAUGUAUUUUGAAGGCUGUCCAAGGCGUUUGGGUUGCACGGUUCUGCUUAGGGGCGCAUCUCAUGAAGAACUUAAGAAGGUGAAAAAGGUGGUCCAAUAUGCUGUCUUUGCUGCCUAUAACUUGUUACUCGAGACCUCUUUUCUUGCAGAUGAAGGCGCUACCCUUCCUAAUCUGGAAGUGAAAUCAUCACAUUUUACUGCAGAACAUGUGACUUAUGAUAAGACUGUCCCAUUUCCAGAUUCUGUGGAGACUACUGCUUACAGAGAAGCUGUCCCUCUUAUGAAUGCUGAAUCUGUAGAUCAGAAUUCGAAGCUCAGCUUGCCGCAAUCCCUGAAUGAACUCGAGGAAGUUGGUUAUGAUGACUCUUCUGUGCCCUAUCUGUUUAGAUAUACGGAGGAAGUGUACAAAGCAUGUGAGGAGAAACUGGGACAUCAUUCAGUAGUCGAUGACACGAAGCAUGCUUGUCCGAGCAUCAAUAUUCAAAGCCCAAUGGAACCAGAAGAUCAAGCUCCUGGACAUUCAGGUGAGAUUUCGGGACUUGCAGUUGCUCAAGGAGCCGAUGAUACCAACACCACAAUUGAAUAUUCUCCAACUAAUGGCAAUAAUCAGAACAUUUUAGUUUCCUUCUCAUGCCACCGUAUCCUCAAUGGAGAUGUAUGCGAGCGUUCACGGCUCCUUCGUAUAAAAUUCUAUGGCUCUUCUGAUAAACCACUUGGGAGAUAUCUUCGUAAUUUGUUGGAUAAGUCCACUCAUUGUCCUUCAUGCAAGGAGUUGGCCGAUGCCCAUUCAAUAAGCUAUACUCACCAGCAGGGCAAUCUAGUGAUAAGUGUGAAAUCUCUACCCUCUGUCAAGCUUCCCGGGGAACAGGAUGGCAAGAUAUGGAUGUGGCACAGAUGCCUCCGGUGCACACCUGUAGAAGGAGUCCCACCAGCUACACACAGAGUGGUUAUGUCUGAUGCUGCUUGGGGGCUUUCUUUUGGGAAGUUUCUUCAGCUUAAUUUUUCGACCCAUGCCACCGGAAGUCUUGUUGCUAGCUGUGGUCAUUCUCUUCAAAGGGACUGCCUCUGGUUUUAUGGGUUCGGAAAUAUGGUUGCUUGCUUCCGCUAUUCAAGCAUUAAUAUUCUUAAAGUCAAGUUGCCACCAUCAGUUCUUGAAUUCCGUCACCCUGGUGAACAAAGUUGGAUCAGAAGAGAAGCAUCUGAGGCUUUGAGCACAGCAGAAUCCCUGUAUGCGAAGAUCUUGGCUGCUCUUCAAAAAAUUAAAUCUAAGAGCUGGUCUUCCAUGCAAGAGUUCUCAGAUGCCAGCAACUUUCAUGGCCGAAUCUUGGAGCUAAACCACAUACUUGAGAAAGAAAAGAAAUAUUACAAAGAUAUGCUAUGUCUAGAUGACAAGGGGAAUCGGGACCAGGAUCAAGCAGAAGUUGAUAUUCUUGAAAUUAACAAAUUGAGACACUCUCUCUUAAUUGCAUUGUUCGAUUGGGGUCGCCAUCUGGAUUUAUUGAACUCCCUCAGAAGUUCUAAUCUGAAAUCUUUGAGUGAUACUGGAUCUAAUGAUCCUGAAACAUGUCUCAAAGAUCAUAGUGGAGAUAGCAAUGAAGGGAGGCCUGAAUUUGCACUUGAUACACAAGCUAAAUGUGCUGGAAGGCCAUUUGCACCAGCCAGAGUUUACUCUUUCGAUUCUCUUCAGUGGCUUCUAGAAAGAAACAUAAAAGUCCUCUCCCAUGCGUCACAUCUGUUGCCUUUUCAAUAUUUUCAUGCUUCGGAAGACUGUAAUUACUUGCUCAGGGAUACUGCUUCAAACCCCUCUCCGGUAGCGCUAUCUGAAUCUGAAAAGUUAUCAAAUGGCUCAGCUGCUUUAAUCCCAUCUGUAUCAAUUUUGCCCAAAGGAGCUUGCUUCAUGGUCCAGGAUGGUACUGUCAUCACAGUUUAUGACGAUGAGCCCACCAGCAUCAUACUAUCUGCUCUUUGUUCGAAAGAGCAUUAUAGCUUGGACGGUGAAAAUUACAGCUCCGAAGAUGCAUUGAAUACACACUACACUGAUCUGAAUCGUUUCCAUCUCAGAGUUUCGUUUGAGGAUGAGUUUUUGACUGCCUCUGGUAAUUCGAGAUUCUAUGUGACCUGUUAUUUUGCGAAGCAAUUUGAUUGUCUUAGGCGGAGGUGCUGUCCUAGUAAGGUGGAUUUCAUUCGUUCCAUGAGCCGAUGCAAGAAAUGGAGUGCUCAAGGAGGUAAGAGCAAUGUGUACUUCGCUAAGUCAUUUGAUGAACGCCUCGUAAUCAAACAGGUCACCAAGACAGAGCUGAACUCGUUUUGCGAAUUCGCGCCAAAGUAUUUUAAGUACUUUGACGAAUCUCUUAACCAUGGCAGCCCGACUUGUCUUGCAAAGAUUCUCGGCAUGUAUCAGGUUACUGUCCGGAACUUAAAAAGUGGGAAGGAAAGGAAAAUGGAUUUCAUGGUGAUGGAGAAUCUCUUCUUCGAAAGAAACAUCUCCAGAGUAUACGACCUAAAGGGAUCGACGCGAUCACGUUACAAUUCAGACACAACCGGAGCAAACGAAGUGCUGUUAGAUAUGAAUCUAUUGGAAUCACUACACACAAAUCCAAUAUUUCUCGGAAGCAAGUCGAAGAGGAAUCUCGAGAGGGCCAUUUGGAAUGAUACAUCGUUCUUAGCCUCUGUUGACGUGAUGGAUUACUCAUUAUUAGUCGGAGUGGACGAGGAUCGGAAGGAGCUGGUAGUCGGGAUCAUCGACAUUUUGAGACAGUACACAUGGGACAAGCACUUGGAGACAUGGGUGAAAGCUGCUGGGAUACUGGGAGGCCAAAAGAAUGCCUCACCCACCAUUAUUUCCCCCAAACAGUACAAGAAAAGGUUUAGGAAAGCUAUGACAACAUAUUUCCUUACAGUUCCUGAUAACUACUGGUCCUAACGAACAUACCAAUGUAAUUUACCAAUCCUUUCCUUUUGAGUAAGAAGUGUAUGGCUCGAUGAAGCUGGCUUCGAUAAUUACAUUGCUGUUUGUUGUGGCCAUUGUUUGUUCUUCAAUAAAGACGAGCUGCUGACCUGA